AUCCGUGACCUAUGAGUCAAAUACGUGAGCCGUUUUGUACUAUUUCGGUAUUUCCACAGAGCACGGCCGGGCAUUGGCGGUCGCUUCUUCGCUCUCGUUAACGGCGGUCGAUUAGGGCAGCUUGGUGGAUCGCUCUGCGAUAUCGAUUCUCAGUAUGAUUCUUCUGUAAUAUUCUGCCACUUAUUUCCGCGAUCUGUUCAAGUCUGAAUUGCAUCAAAUCCUGAAUUAUAAGCUGUCAACAUAUCGCUCAAGCUAGGUUUCUCAAUUUGAUAAUGUAAAGUCUUGGUGUCUGGAGAUCUGUCACAUAUGAGGGGCCCCACGAAGGAUCUCUCCAUUUUCGAUUUCAAAGCAGAUGAGCCGAAUAAGGCGGACGAGAAGUUGAGCAAGUACCAUUUUUUGGAAUCUUUCACAACGGGCUCUUUUCCAUUGAAGCAACCAGAUUUAUCCGACCUACCACUAAUUGAUUUACAUGAAGUUGGUAGUCCCGUGAGAUUUACACCAGGGAGAAAUGUGGCUUCUGCCGAGGAGAAAUCUGAGUUGGAUGAUUUUAAGGCUUGCUCGAGAAGCUAUCAUAAACAUACAAAAAUAUGCAAUAGUGAUUUUAGACCUGAAAGUUUUGUCCAAGAAGGUCUUGUAAUGGCAACUUCUACGAACCUUGUUGAUUCAGCUUAUGAUGAUGAAGACUCUGAGCUUCAGUCUUCGGUAGUACCUUUAAAUUUGAUGUCAGAAGAAGAAGAAAACUUCACAUCAGCGUCUGAAGAUUCAUCAAUUAGCGGGGAUUUUCCCGAGAGUGAUGGUCUUCCAGAAUGCGCAGGGGAACUAUGCCAUGCUGCUUGUGAAAAGAUGGUUAGCUUUUUCUGAAACUUUACUUCAUUG